AUGGACCUGCCGCGGCUCGCGCGCUUCCUCGACGGCGCCGACGAAGAUGGGAUCCUUCCGGAAGCACGAGCGUGGCUAGAUGGACCCCUUCAUGGUGUCGACGACAAGGACGCGAUCGCGCUCUACAACAAGUCGCGGACCUGCCGGCUCCUCGAGACGCGCAAGCUCGAUGCGCUCCAGACCCGCGCGAUCGCAUGCAUCGUCAUGAAGCGCGUCCAGCGGGGCUCUAUGAGCACAAGCGUGGAUCUCCUUCGAUGCUUCUGCCGGCUCGGGCGUCUCCUGCUCACGAGCGGCGAUGGGCCAUUCCCGAUCGCGACGCCGCAAGCAUGCUUUGAAGAGGCGAUCGAGAUCUACCGAGCCAUUGGCGUGCACAAGCUCGGAAAAGUCCUCGCGGUCGUCGAGCUCGAAGCCGUGAUUGACGAAGUCUUCCAGGCCUUCAUGGGACACCUCGAGAGCCUCCCGCUGCAGUCGCUGGACCUCGACACGAUCCUCUGCGACAUCCAAGAGAUCCGCAUGCUCCUCCCGUUUGUGCCCAAGGAAGCGCCGGCAGUCGCGAAAGCUAUUUUGGCAUUUGCUGAUUCUUGCUUGACCGCCGACGCGCGCGAUGCGGAAAGUACACUUUUAGCCGUGGCCUUAGAAAUCGUCGAACAGAGUGACCGUCGUCGCAACAAAAAGCUGCGCGCCAUGAUCAUUGGGCGCCUCACCGACGUGUACCUGGACUUGGGGCAUCUCGACAAGGCAGAAGCGUGUCUGCGCUUGCUCGGGACCACAGACGGGCUUCUCCACGGCGUCAAGCUGCACCUCAAGCGCCAGGAUUGGGCCGUCGCGGCAACGUUGGUGGAGAAGCUACAGAACGGUGACGACUUUGAUGCUGCGCACACUGCAACGCGCCUUUUUGCCCAUGCGACCGAGUACGCGGCACCGGCGCUGGACCUGUGGCACAAUCUGCAGCACAACUUUCCCGACGCGGCCUGGGACAUUGAUGCCGACAUUGCAAACGAACUCGCUUUCUCCAACGACAAGAAUCUGCGCUGCCAAACGAUUACGAUCGUGGAGCGCAUGGUCAAAGAACCGUGUACACCGGAGCAGCAAUCACGGCUCAAGAAGGUGAUCCAUGACGGGUCCUGCAACGCCCACAACUACAACCUUCACGACGAGUACUUUCAGUGGGCACGCAUCGGCAUGAUCCUGUCAUCGACGCCGGAAGAUCAAGCGUGUUCCUUCCGGCUUAUGUCCCGCGCCAAGGUCAAGCUUGGAGACGUCGACGACGCCGUUCGCUAUGCGCACGAUGCACUCGAGAAAGAAUUGUCCAAGAAGUCGCUCUUUGCGUGCUUUCGGGCUUGCCUCGCGGGGACGUCCCCCGCACUUUCCGAUAUCACGGAGCUCGUCACCAAGCUCAUCAACUUGGACGACUUUGACGUGUACGACUUGGUCAUGUUUGCCAAAGAAGCCCACGAAGCAGGCAGCCCCGCUGUCGUGCUCCAAGUGCUCGACAGCUUUAGCCGCAGGCUUGUCGCCCACAUUUUGCAAACGGGCGACGUACCGCAGCUGCCGAUGGGCGUUUUGUUCCAAAACAUGGCGCAGCUCAACAACAGGUCUUUGAUAUUUUUCUUGAUCAUGGGUUUGCCAUUGACGCGCAACUCACUAUGUAGCGAUGAGGCCCUCGACGAAGACACGUCGAUUUCAAAUUUCAUGCGUUACCUGCGUGAUCUCUUGAGCAUUCUCGACAAGAUUGACCCUGCUCAAGCAAACACUGCAUUUGGCCCGCCAUCCGUCUUUGAGUGGUUCUACGGCGUUUGGUACGGUGUUGACUUUUUGCGCUCGCAUUACGGAAUCUUGGAUAGCCACAAUCUCGGCUGCAACAAGGAGAACUGGGAGUGCUUCAUGCUGGCGGCCGACGUUGCCGUGAAGGCCGAGGCAUACUUUCCCAGCAACACGAAGCUGCAAGGUCGCGAAGAAAAGUGCUGGCUCGCUGCGUCGUGCAUUCGCAUGAAGUCGUUCGACGCUCUCUCCGACGUUGAGCUUCGCGAAGUAAUCUUGAUGAUGACACUAUGUGCUCCACGCUAG